AACAAUCAUCGAUUUUUACACUAUUGUUUAUAUCAAUUCGGAAUGAUUUCUGGUUCUUAAACCUUCCAAGAAGGUUGAUCAAUCUGAUUAUCAUCAAAUUUUCAGAUCAAUUCGUCUAAUAUGGGUGAUGAAUGAGGGACGAAGACUCUUUCCCCUUUCCAUUUUUUCACAUAGAAAUCCGCAGUUAAAUACUGUUUUUACAUUUUACACCCUUUUUACGUCUUUGAACGUUGAGAAGAAAGAAGACCACUGGGUGGCUUCUUAUGGAAAGGUUCUUCUCUUUAUUACCCGACCUCUGAAAGAAGUUUUUACUAUAUUUUUAUCUUACUUUUUAAACACAUAUUAAAAAUAUGGUUUUUACUUUUCAAAAACCUAUUCCCUUGGGAAAAUUUUCUUUCGACGUCUCAUUUCACAAAUUUCACGUGACUAAACCCAAUCGGGCUGGAUGUAACAAGAUUUACGAAAUCAGAAGAUCAAAAAGUUUCUUUUUUGAGUUAGCCGAUCCCUCAGCAAACACCAAUGAUAUUCAUCUUAAAAUACACACAAAUGAUUAUCACAUGAAAUCAACCCCUAUUAGCUACUCUUCCACCUGUAGCUUUCCUAAUCUGAGGUUUCAGAUUAGUAAGAUGUUACAACAUUUUUUUUCUCAUCAAAAAGUUAUCCCACGCUCCAUCCAAAAGAAAUACUUUAAUCUUAUCCGUUCCAAAUUGCUUAAUAGAUAUUUUCUUGUCAAUUCACGUGCUGAUAAAGUCACACUUAGAAAUUCACAAACAAAAACUUUCUUUAAUUUUUCAUAUAAACGUUACCGUUUUUACUUCGGUAUAUUUACACCGUGCAAUUUUUCCACCACCUACAAUUUUGAACCUAAACACACACAGAUAUGUCGUGUCCCCUCUCCUUACAUUAUGUCUCAUAAUAGACGCGCUUGCGUUUCUCAUCAAAAAAAUUUAGACAUUUUUCAUAACAUCAAGAAACCGACCCUGUUAUCGGAUGAUAACAUAAAUAACAAGCAGUUUCAUGCAACUCUUAUCCAUAAACGAUGGCAACAUCGUACCAAUAAGCACGUUCAUUCAACCCGUCUAGGAAUUUCGUAUGAUGUUUCAUACCUAGCUAAUGAUCAACAUUCCGUUCCUAUACACAUAGAACGUCGUAUGUAUCAAAAACGAUUUAAUAACUUCCGUUCACAUCACUCCGACAGUAGUAAAAGGAGCAAAAAACAAAAAUCCCGUUUUCAACGGGCUUGUAGAUCUGUUUUCUACAAUCGUGGUCACAAGAAAAAGAAAUUACUUCGCAAUGGUUUGGUAACUCUUGACGAAAAACUACACCGUGCUCGACAACACCGUUUCCUCUUUUUACCUUCACAACAUAUUAAUAAACCUGUACAACAUUUAAGAUAUUAUAAAGGGCUGAUGCUCCGACUUGCGGAAGAUUAUAAUUUUCCUAUACCUCCUGAACGAUCCAGGCGACCUGUAGGCGCUGUACGCGCAAUAACUGUUUUACGCAUGACCCAAGAUCGACUCUCUCGACAACGUUCAAGGGAUAUUUUACUUAGUACUUCACAUACUCACUCACCUGCCACCACACCACAACCCAUUCUCCUCAAAGAAGAGGAGACGUGGCAUGAGAAGUUGGGCAUUUGGAUUCCUAACGACCUUCUCCCUUAUGUAACUGAUGAACCUGUUUAUAUUUCUAAGAGACAGGCAAAAAUCAAAGGUCAACAUUUUUCACCAGGAUGUGGAUUCUGGUUCGAUGGUAUUAGAAAACGCAAAGAAGCUCAUGAAUUAGCUGUACGACAACAAAAAGAACAUGAAGCAUGGGAAGUUAAACGCCGUGCCCAGGAAGAAGAACUUUCCGCUAGAGCUAAACUCUGGGGUACUUCCUCCAAUCGUAUAGAAUAUCGUGAAGAUAUGUGUAAAGAUCUCACUAAAUUUCAAGAUCAUUUUCAUAAGAAAAUCACACCUUUAGCCGACCGCCGUUCGGUUUUACAUAACAGACUUACACAAGGCAAAAACGUUUACAAAACUAAUAAACAAUUGCUCCAACUAGAGCAAGAAUUAGGUCGUUUUAAUAUUGACUACUUUUCCGUUAUUGACGACAACUCACCCCAAUACCGUUACAAAGGACACACCUCGGACGACACAAAACAACUAGAGCUAAGACCACACAAGCGUCCCCCUAUCUUACCUGCGUAUACAGAUAGGCAUAACAUUGAGAUCAAAAAAUUGAGACUGGAUAUAAUGUCUCCUGAAGACUCUAAAGUCUUCGCUUUACCUUAACCCCGUUCGAUUACAACUUUCAGCUUAUUUACUUUAUUCUUAGUGGCUUGCUGAUAGUUAUAUACUUACAUUUUUUAGCCACACAUUCAUUUUAGACUAGUAAUUUUUUUUUUUACAUCUUUUUUUUUUGGGUAACCCCACGUACUAAUUUUUAUACCAUAGUACAACAAUAAGAAUAGUGUGAAACAUUCCACCUAUGACAGUAUUUACAGGUGGUGGUCUUAACCGACCAAAAGAAAAAUACGGAUCAUUUCUUUUUUAGUUCUGAUUGUGCUAAAGCCUUUUCUUUGGUCCAUUGGGUUGUGAUGUCGUGUUAGGGACUCCUCCGGGUUCGUUAAAGGUACCAGAGUGGCGCUGUCCUCGGGCGGUUUGAUUAUAGCUUAGUAUUAGAUAGCGUUCGACUUUUGUUUUAUCUUUUGUUCUUGUCUAUCUUUCUGUAAUCUUGUUCACGUGGUUUUUAAAAAUAAAA